UAAGAAAGAUUAUAACUAUACUAAUUUAGAUGAUCUACAAAAUAACUACAAUGUUAAUAUUGAAAGUUCAAUGUCUAAUACACAAACACUUUCUAAUAAAUCCUUAUUGCCAAAAAAUUUUAAAUCAUCUGUAUGGCCAUAUUUUGAUAUUGAAACAUCAAAAUAUCCUAGCCAAUUUGUUUGCAAGCAAUGUGAAAAUGUUUUUGAAUCUUUAUUAGCAACCUCAACCUUAUGUCAACAUCUGGCUUCAUAUAAUAUAAUUGUACCUAAAUUAAAAGGUGCUAAAAAUAAUCAAUUAAUUAAUUUUUAUACAAAAAUUAAACAGUAUAAACAAGAUGCAUCUGUUAUAAAAUAG